AUGUCCGACCUCGCGUUCUCUGACGUUUUCCCCCCUGACCACAACCGGUUUGUUCCCGUCCGCAGCGAGCACGAGAUAUGGCAAAAGCUCGCAUACGAGUGCGCCCAGGGCGCGCUGUAUGACUCCAGCGAACGGCCGCCGUUCUCUCGCUGUCUUCCGGGCACCCGCGUCGACCUUCUCAACACCCUUUCGCAGGCAGCCGAAGAGCCUGACCCGAAGCUCAUCUGGCUAUGCGGGGACUCGGGAUCAGGCAAGUCGGCCGUCGCGCACUCGAUUGCUGAGUGUAUGCGCGAGAAGGACGUUCUCGCGGGGACCUUUUUCUUCUCUAGGACGAAUCUUAAGUGUAACAACACACAUUACCUUUUUCCGACUAUCGCAUACCAGCUCGGCUUGCUGCACCCGCGGGCUAGGGAUAUCGUCGUGAAGGCGAUCAAGGAGGAUCCUGCGCUGCUGAGCAUCGCCAAGUCGCGACGAGAUCAGUUCGAGAAGCUGGUCGUGGCUCCGCUGCGUCAGCUGCGGUACUCUUGGAAGAAGGGCAAGGUGAUCGUGUUGGACGCGUUCGAGGAGGGAACGGCCGUCGAGGAGGUCAAGCCUCUCGUGGACCAGUUUCUCAGCUUGCUCCGCGACGAGUUGAUUCCCGUAUCCCACAUCAUUCUCACGAGCCGCCCAUAUGCGCACAUCGAUGCCGUUAUGCGGGAUGGAGAUCUCUCGCGCGACGUACGUGUCGUGCGCUUGGACGAGUUUGAUGCCAGGGACGAUAUAUCGACUUUUCUUUCCAUGUCGUUCAAGGACGUGCAUACCCUCCAUCGGCUGCCGUAUCCAGAUCCGUGGCCGAGCGAGGAGGAGAUGAAAGUCCUACAGAGCUUGGCUGGAGGGCGGUUCAUCAUAGCCGCGACUAUCAUUAGACUGAUGAGCCAAGGCACAGGCGAGCGGCCCACGCUGCAUCCUAACGUGUUCCUCGGCAAGAUCCUCGAUGAAAAGCUGGAGAUUGUUGACCAGCUAUACCAUUCCAUCCUCACCUCGUCCGAGGAUGCUGUGCGCGGAUCUGCAUACCUCUCCCCGCUCGCGGCCCUCGCCGAGCCGAUUCACCUCCGGGCAUUAUCCGCUCUACUCUGCGCAGACAUGCACCUUCUUUUACAGCCUCUCGCCUCCGUCAUCGUCGUCCCUCCACCGGAGUCGGAGCUCAAGGUCCAUAUCUUCCAUGACUCAUUCAGAGACUUUCUAUCCCAGUCCCAGAGGUGCAAGACGAUGUUCGUUGAACCGGCCGUUGCGCACGCCGAGCUUGCAUGCGCGUGUUUGCGGCUGAUGAUACAGAAGCUUCGCAGGGACAUCUGCGCGCUAGGCGACUCUUCGAAGCUUCUCUCUGAGAUAGAUGACAUCGAGACGAAAGGGGACGACUGCAUCCCGCAGGCUCUUCGCUACGCUUGCCAGUACUGGGCUUAUCACCUCCAGAAUGCACGUGCGGAUGCAGAGCUGGUGUCGCUUGUGUUCGAGUUUCUGACCAAGCACGUCUUGCAUUCUGUCGAAGUUCUUGCCCUCCUUGAGCAGCUCGACUUUGCCGCGACCUCCCUCUUUGAAGCUCGACGAGCGUUACUCAAAUGGCAACCGUUCAACAAGAAGGACGUGGCAAUAGCUCUCCUGUACGACGCCCAUCGUCUGGUUCUUGAAUUCUUUGAUCCGAUAUCCAUCUCUCCACUGCACAUUUACGAAUCUGCCCUACCUCUGUGCCCCACAAACACCAAACUCCGUCGAUACUAUGCUCAUAUCGCAAGCGAAGCGUCAAUACUGGCUGUAGAGGGCAUCGAUGAAGACUGGGACUGUAUUACCCGCGUCAUCGGGGCUGACUCCUACGUGACUGCCGUCGCCGUAUCUCCAGACGGCUCCCUCAUCGCGAGCGCUUCUGAGAACAGAGUCCACAUGUGGGACUCAACCACGGGUACCUUGAUCGCGUCUGCCGGAAAGCAGCCGCACUUGGGCGCUCCGCUGGUCUUCUCUCCGUGCUACCCUAUGCUUGCGUAUUGCUGCGAUGACGGCACUUGGACCGUAUGGGACUUUGAGCGCGACGUAUGCGUCGAAUUAGUGGAAGAAGAUGAUCGGGAUAGUCGUGGUGGCCGUUACCAACCUAGCCGUUGUGCGAUCGCGCCGGACGGGCGAAGCAUCGCAUGUGCCAGAAAAACGCACGGAGAAGCUCAGCUGGCUGUCUGGAACAUAGAAUCCGGCCCACCCGCCCUCGUCUUCCGCUACCGGGUACACACGGAGUCCCAAGUCGUUGCCACCUCCUUCUCCAACCAAGGCGACAGAAUCUCCUUUGUGAACCUCGAUGAUGUGAGCAUCCUCUCCAGCCACACCGGCGAGCUCCUCUCGCGGUGGAGGCUUACCCGGAGGCAGUUCUUCCCCGGAAGCUGGCAUUGUUUCACUGCCGAUGAUCGCUUCCUCCUCAUUGUGGACGAUAUUAGCGUCACCGUAACAUCGGUUGACGGAUCCUCGCAGAGGACGAUCAACACCUUCACGUCUGCUAAUCCUCCCCCACGCUCUCGUCUAGGGCUGGCGGAAAUGAGAGAUUGGUUCAAACGUCUCCAGUUGAGGCCUAGCAACAACCCUUUGGCUCUCGUUCAACCCUUUCUGCUUAACAACGCUGUCGUGGCAGUCAAAGCGGCGGACUCGAGCGGCCGCCGGAAUCUCGCAAUCUACGGCGGCUCCGCUACAUAAACAGCCUGCAGGACGCCAAUGUCGCCGUGUUCUUGGAAGAGUCUCCCGAUGGUCCUGUUUUAUGCUCGGUUUCGUCUGUGAAGGGCACAGUGACGACGGUAACCCAAGGUCUUCCGCAGCCAUUUCACAGUUACACUCAGCUGGCAGUAUCUUCCGAUGCACGGAUCUUCGCCUGCCUGGGAGCUGGCAAGGGGAAAAACAGUGUCAUCGCUCUCUUUAGCUUUGAGUUGGGUGGUCGGCAUUUGGGGAACAUAACGUGUCCUGUCAAUGAAGCCUUCCCUGCACAGCUGCACAACUGCAGGAAGCUUUUUUCGCGACAGUCAACCUACUUUGCGCUCACAGUUGCGGGUUGCCUUUGUGUCUGGAGCAUUGCAAAAAGGACUCUUGUUCUCCAUGACUCGGAGUCGUUUUCCACUGCAAAUCAAUACAGUGAUGCACUUUCGUUUUCGGAUGACGAAACGAAGGUGGCGUGCCUGUAUCGACGUGGAAGUUCUCGAGCACUCGUCGUUUACACGCUUGCAGACAGUUCGGUGACUUCAUCCACUCUCGCACCUCGGGCACUGACCACCAUGGCUGUGGCUACAAACGUUACAUUCGACGACUUCAGAGAUAACCCGGACGGAACCAUCAGUCAUUUAUCG